AUGCUUAUCGUUUUAUUGUCACAAAAAGUAUUAUUGUUUGUCAUCAUUAUAUUGAUUGUAUAUCUAAUUGAUAAUGGUAAUUGUUAUCAAGAUAAUAAUAAUUCAAUACGUACUUGUUAUUAUCCGAUGAAAUUUCGUGCACCACAAAGUCCAUCCUAUGAAUAUCUUUAUAUUCCAGGAGAUAUUUUACUUGGUGGCUUUUUUCCUAUCCAUCAACCACCGUCAAAUGAAUUGGGAAGUAUGCAAUGCACAGCAAUUAAACGAGAACGUGGUAUUCAACGUCUUGAAGCCAUGCUAUUUGCAUUAGAUGUUGUAAAUUCACGAUCAUCUCAUUUAAUGUCAUCAAUACUUUCUCACAGUAAAAUACGUUUCGGUGCACUUAUAUAUGAUUCAUGCGAUUAUGAACCUUAUGCUGUUGAACGUGCCUUAAAUAUGCUUUUACCAUCAAUUGAUCAAUGUUUAUCAUUAGAAAAACGAAAAGAAUCAUCAGUAAUUGCUGGUGUUAUUGGUAGUGCAUCGAGUAUGGUCUCAAUGGCACUGUCGGAUAUUCUUCGUUUAGCUGAGAUUCCACAAAUAUCUUAUGCUUCAACAAGCACAGAAUUAAGUGAAAAGCUACGUUUUCAAUUUUUUUCUCGUGUUGUUCCACCCGACACAUAUCAAGCUGAAGCUGUAGUUAGUAUUAUUCAGUUUCUCAAUUGGACGUAUGUUGCUGUUAUUAAAGAAACUGGCUCUUAUGGUGAACGUCUUACAGACGAUUUUAAAGCAAAGCUAAAAAAUAAAACAAUUUGUAUUGCCGGUGAAUUAUCUGUUAAUAUAAAAGAUUCAAAUUCAUAUUUGCGUGUUAUAAAAGAAUUAUAUGAAGAUGAAAAAUAUCGUUUUGUUAUUGGUGUUGUUAUUUUUGCACAAGAAGAUUCUGUUAGACAAAUAUUAAAUCAAACAUCGUCGCGAAAUGAAUUAAAUGGUCGUUGGGUUUUUCUUGGAACAGAUGGUUGGGGUAAAAAAUGGUAUCCUGUAGAAAAUUUUGGACGAGCAGCAAUUAAUGCUAUUACAAUUGCUCCAAAAUUAUAUCUUAUUUCAGAGUUUGAUGAAUAUUUUAAAAAUUUGAUACCAUCUAAAAAUACUCGUAAUCCUUGGUUUGUUGAAUAUUGGGAAGAAACAUAUAAAUGUAAAUUUGCUCAUACACCAACAACAAUAUUUAAUCAAAAUUAUACACGUUCAUGUUCAGAUACUGAUAGUACAUAUACCAAUUUUUCUGUACCUUAUUUUCAAGAAGGCUAUGUUCAUUAUGUAGUUGAUGCUGUAUUUAGUCUUGUUAUUGCAAUACAAAAAUUAGUUGAUGAAAAAUGUUUAAAUUCUUCAGAAACUAAACUGUUAUGUAAAGAAUUUUAUCCAUUUGAUGGUAAAACAUUACUUUCAAUAUUACGUAAUCUUUCAUUUCGUAAUGAUUUAUCAAAACGAAAUAUUAAAUUUACAUCUAGUGGUGAUGGAAUUGAAACAUAUGAAAUAUUCCAAUAUCAAAUUAUUAAUUCAAUCGAAACACUUGAUUAUUUUACAAUAGGAGAAUAUAGUGACAGUGAUCUUAGUAAUGAAAGAAUUCGUAUUGAUUUUCAAAAAUUAAAAUGGUUUAAAUAUAAUUAUCAAUAUUCGACAUGGUCUGAAACACAAAUAACACCACGAUCAUUUUGUAGUGAACCUUGUCGUCCAGGUGAAAUACGUACAAAUACAGAUUCUCAACAAUGUUGUUGGACAUGUCGUGCAUGUGAUAUAUUUCAUAUAGCUGUUAAUGAAACAUAUUGUGUUCCAUGUACAAAAAAAGAAUUACCAAAUUCUAAUUUUUCUCAAUGCCUACCUAUUGAAGAAGAAUAUUUAUCUAUAGAAAAUAUUAUUGCAUUACCAGCAUUAAUACUUUCAUCAAUUGGUCUUUUAAUGACAAUAUCAACAAUUGUUGUAUUUAUACGUUUUUCACAAACACCAGUUAUAAAAGCAUCAUCACGUGAAUUAAGUUAUUUUCUUUUAUCUGGUAUAUGCUCUUGUCAUUUAUGUGCAUGGCCACUUAUUCUUAAGCCACAUACAUUAACAUGUCUUUUUAUACGUAUUGGCGUUAGUUUAAGUUUAACAAUAUGUCUUGCUGCUUUAUUAACUAAAACAAAUCGUUUAGCACGUAUAUUUAAUAAUAAACAACGUUUAACACCACAAUCAUGUCUUUCACCACGUUCACAAUUAGGUAUAUGUACUGGUAUUGUUAGUGUACAAUUAAUAGGAGUUCUUUUAUGGAUAAUUAUGUCACCACCAUCAGUUAAAUUAAAAUCAGAAUUAAAACAUAAUCAACGACGUUUAAUAUUAAUAUGUCAAACAGAUCAUGAGUAUAUAGCUUAUUCAUUAAUUUAUAAUAUGUUACUUGUUAUAUCCUGUACACUUUAUGCAAUUAAAACACGACAUAUACCAGAAAAUUAUAAUGAAGCUAAACAUAUUGGCUUUGCCAUGUAUUCAAUAUGUAUUAUAUGGUUAGCUUUUGUACCAAUUUUUUUUGGUCUACGAAGUAGUGACAAUUGGUUUCGUAUUCAAUUUGUUACUCUUGCUAUUUGUUUAAGUUUAUCAGCAACUGUUAUACUUCUAUGUUUAUUUGCACCUAAAUUACAAAUUGUUCUUUUUAAUCCGUCCAAAAAUAUUCCAUCAAAAUUUAAAACAACACUAUCAACCAGACGUAUAUCAUUUCGACAUUCAACUGCAAAUCAUCAUCUUGGUCCAUAUGCAGCACGAGCUAUUAAUAAUGGUCAACGACGAUCAACACCAAUAGAUUGUACAACAGAAGUAACAUUUUGUAAUUCAAAAUUAGAUAGUUGUUCUUUAAAUAUCAAUGAUGAAAUAACACAAACAGAUAGUAUUUAUAGUAAUACAUGUAAACAUAAUGAACGACAACAUCAAGAACAAUUAUUAUUUUCUUCUUUAAAAGAUAAUGAUGAAACUAUGGAUCUUCUUUCACCAUUCCAACAAAGAUCAAGUAUUAAUUAUGCUCAACAAACAUCGAUUAAAGAUUCUUCAUCGAAUUUAGUUCUUUCAAAUGAAAAUCCAUGGAAAAAAUUAGGUCAUGUUCGAUAUAAUAUUGACGAACACGAUGUGAAAGAUAAUAAUCCAUCAACUUAUCAUCAUGUUUAUGCACAACAUAUCACUUUUGUCUGA